AUGGACCAGAGGAAGGCCAUCUUCCGCGCGAAGCUCCGCGAGACCAAGGAGAAGCAGCAGCGGCGCAUCGACCCCGCGCUCGUCAGGUAUAACGAAUUUGAUCAGCCCAUAUGCAGAGUAUGCAAUAUUACACUAAAGUCUGAAGCACUUUGGCCUGCACACCAAGUGUCACGGAAGCAUCAUGAAGCAAAAGCACCGCUGCUGCUAAGGCUGCAACAGGGAACUAAAAGGCAAAGUGAUGAUACUGGUUCUGAGGGAAGGUCUGUGCGCCGUGAAGUUGCUGUUAUUCAACCGAAGACCAUAGAAGCAAGUACCGGUAAAUCAUCUGUUAGGAUGGAUCAAAUGUCAAAGAAAGGGAGUCAAAACAAUACCAGUGUCAAAGGAACCCUUCCAGGGAAUUUUUUUGACUAUGGAGAAGAAGAUGAAGCUCCAGCUCCAGUUCCAAAAGAGCUUAGUACAUCUCAAAAUGUUGCCACGUCCAUUCACACGAAGGUGAAAGGCGUCCCUGAUGGCUUCUUUGAUCACAAGGAAACUGGCAGUGGCAUGCAACCCAAUGAACCAAGUUCAGAAACUGCUCAAGCAAAAGGAUCGUUGCCUGAAGGUUUCUUUGAUAACAAAGAUGCAGAUCUCCGUGCACGCGGUAUCCAACCUCAAAAAGUUGACAUGAAUGAUGCAUACAAAGAAUUCGAGAAGGAAAUUCAGGAGGAUUUGCAGGAAGUUGAUGACCGCCUUGAAGAAGAGGAGAUUGAUGCUGCUGCUGAGAGGGAGGAGUACUUGACUCUCGAGCAACAGGAGUACAGGCAGCAAGUUGAUAUGUUGAAGAAACAGCUAGUUGAGUCGAGAGCCGCCCGUACUGCUAAAUUAAAUAGCAAACCUAUCGGUAUGGAUGCUGAGUCCAGCAGCAGCGACUCAUCGAGCGAUGAAGAGGAUGACAACACAGAUUUUGCUGUUGAUUGGAGAGCACAGCAUUUGAAAUGA